CUUUUUUUCGAACUAGACUUUCUCUCUUGAACUUGUAGGAUCACAUUAUAUUACAUUUUCUCUCUGAGCAAAUAAAGCAUAUACAUCACUUCUCCCAUCUACCUACAUAUACCUACAUAUACAUAUAUAUUCCUCAUCCAUCUGACCGGAACCCUCGAUUUUUCAUCUACGUAUUUAUCUUUGGCAGUUUUCCUCUGUUCCUCAGUUCCUGAAGUCCGAUUUGUAGAGAAGUAAAGAAGAUAGAAAAAAAGCUAAGGAAAAUGGUUAAAUACUUCCCUUCUAUCUCUCCAGAACUAGCGGAGUGGGCAAUGGCUCAGCCGGUUUUCUUUACAGGCUCGGCGCCAACGUAUGGGAAGCAUGUUAAUCUUAGUCCGAAGGGGUUGCCAGACGCGACGUUUAAGAUUUUGGGACCGAAUAGUUGUGCUUAUAUCGAUGCAACUGGUUCGGGCGUCGAGACAAUCAGCCAUAUCUAUGAGAACAGUCGCGUAACAAUCAUGUUCUGUUCUUUCACUUCCUCUCCCCGCAUCAUGCGAUUUUUCUGUACGGGACGUGUAGUCGAAUGGAAUACACCUGACUUUGCACCUCUAUUGGCUAGAAUGGGAAAGUCGAAUGUGGAUGGUGCAAGAGCUGUGAUCUUGUUGGAUGUCUGGAAGGUCCAAACAUCUUGUGGCUACGGCGUCCCCCUUCUUACACCGCUUCCUGUUCAAAUUGACAAUCCAUCCUCUGGUCCCUGGACCGAUCGUAAAACUCUAGGCCACUGGGCCGGUCAAAAAGUAGAGAAAAACGAAAUGCAGGAUUACCAGUUGCUGAACAACAGUUACUCACAUGAUGCCCUACCUGGAUUGAAGAGUGCACGGAAACAGAAACUGGGGAAUAGUGUUAUAAGAGUCAAGGUUGAUGAGGCGAUGUUCUGGGGAAGGAGAAUUGUGAAAGGAGAAUGGAGAGGUGUGAUCUUGGGAGUGUUGAUGGGUUUGUUUAUGGCGUUGCUAAUGAGAGUAUGGGGCAAUGAGGGAGGACUUGGAAGUGUAGUAGGGAGAGCAACAGAGGUCAGAGAGAUGAUGGGGAAUUUGACGGGGAGGAAUCAUUUGGAAGUUGAGCUCUGAGGGAAUAAAGCUGCUAUACUUUCCUUUUCUCUAGUUUCGAACUUUUUUGGAGCUCAAUUUGGAGAUGGUCAAUAUGAUUAGAUACUCAGGUGAUCUUACAUAAAGAAGUUGCUCAAAGUUCAAAUUGUAUAUCGAUAGUAGACAAGUCCUUCCGUCUGCCGUUACCUAUGGUAGACAAGAUGUAACCUUACACGCGUCACCAACCAACAAUCUAAUCUCCCCAUCCCCCUUGAAGCCUUACCUCUUUCCUUCCACACCAUCUCAUCUUCCCCAGAUCUCUCAGACGGUAUGUCAUAAGCACACCUCAUUUCUCAUUUUCCAUCCCUUCCCAUUGCAAUUUUAAAAUUGUCCGGGGAUGGUGGCGUUGGUCAAGCUUUUUCGCCAAGCAUUGCUUAUUUGUCUAUCUGGAACAUUUUUGUCUGGGAUUUCGCGGAUAUUUGUUCAAAUUUGAUUCAGAUGGGUUUUUUGAAUAUUGAUUGAUUG